AUGAUUUCCCAUCCUGAGUUUGUUGUUAUUGCCUUUGCUUUUCGCUUUUUACUUGUCUGCUCAGCUGUCUGCUUGGUGCAAAGAAAAGGAGAAUUGAAUUACUUGAUGAUCAACAUUUUGGAAUUGAACCAAAGUAGCUCCGACGAAAACGAUUUGUCUUUCUCUCCAUCGAACACAUCGAAAAAUGGUACCAUUUGUCCUACGACAAACCUGACAACCAACAACACUCAAGAUCCUAACACGAUGGUGCCAACAUCCCCUGGUGAAAACGUAUCGACCUUUUCCACGGAAGCGCCGGUUCAAGCAGCUUAUUGCGGCUAUCUUUGCUCCCGAGUAAUCAGCAUAACAUGGCUGUCAUUUGCUCCUUUUAUUUUUCAAAACAACAAGAACAACACGACACAAACUGAAAAGUUAGACGGAAACGUCACCGGUGUAUUCUACAGUAUAGUAGGGCGCGCUGUUCAGUUUUGUUGCAAACAUUUUGGCAACAGGGGGACACGCUUGGAAUAUACCCACAAAGCGGAAAACUUAAAUACGUUACAUGCUAAUAUCUUUUAUGAUAAAGCUUCUAUAGCAAUGCCAGUAUACAUUGAAAAUGAGAUUUUUGACCAGCACUAUGGAGGUACAUUGGCAUUUAUCAAAGUCCUUGAAUCUCCCGGGUUGGUUGUUAUUGGAAACAAAGAUGAUGACAAACAGAAUGAUUUGAAGGUUCUAUGGAAAACCAUUUACAACCAGUGGCCCAUUGUGCUCAUCUCAGUGUUGUUAUGCGCAAUCUCUGGUAUUUGUGUCUGGGUGCUGGUAAGUAUUAUGGCGCUUUUUGGGGAAAAUCGAAAUCUGCCGGGUUGGAAUAGAUACAGGGUGUUUACUACCCGGGUCGGGGGUACUCCCAUACAUUACCUAUACGGGUAUGUGCCGCCCAACGGGGUCAUGAUUUCGAAGCUCCUGAUUUAGAACGGGGUAUAAUAUUUCGAAAGCACGAAAGCUCCAGUUUUGUAAGCAGCCAUUUGAAAUUAUUCAAGGACGAUUGCUUUUAAAAAUACGGUUUAAUGCGUUAACAAGCAAACUGUUGUACUCUUGUUGUACCCUAGAACGGAGUUGGCCCAUUUCUAGAACGGGGUAUAAAAAAUUGGUCCACUUCUAGAACGGGGUAUCAAUUUUAGGGGGAAUUUUUUUUAGAACGGGGUGCCAAUUUGGAGUCACGGGCGGCACAUACCCACCCAAAAAAAACCCAAGUGCCCCCCCCCCGGGGGGGUUACUAUUUGCAUUGGCAAACCGGUCGGUUCACGGUUUGGGCAAAUGGUGAGCAACAUUCAAGACUAGUAAAUUUCGUCCAGGAAUCGCGUUUACCAUUUCAAUGUACAAAUCAGUUCCCUUUACCGAAAAAUGACCGCAAAGGCCUGAACAUGGUAUCAAAGAUGUUUUGAAGAAACGGAACACGAACUUCCUUUUGCAACAAUCCUACCGGGAAAAACAGUUCUACCUUUUCAGACGUUAUGUUGCUCUAGGAAAAUUUCCACCUAAACGACCCGGGAAAUCGUGUUUCAUUUACUUUCCUACCGCGGUUCAAAGGAAACGUCUUGUAAAUGAUAAACAACCACAUUUGCUUAAAAAAAGUAUAUCAUGAUUUUCAGCCCUAUUUAUAACCUGAGUAAACGUUAGUCAAGAUCCACUACAACGAAAUGGAGUAAGUUUGUAAACGGAAACUGUGUUGUCGGCAGAGGAAUUGAUGAAGCACUCAAAACUGAAUUGAUAACGUGGCAAGAUUGACCACCUUAAAUUAUGCAUAAUAUAAUAUUUGGCUCCUAGGGGCACUUCCUUAUUUGGCUUAAACGUACAUGUGCACCAGAGUCUUGUCUUAAACAGGGUAUACAAUGCUGCAGGGUGUGAUCCUUGCUGCUGCGUGAUCGACAUUGUGGUGUGACCGGUUUUUAUAAUCAAAAAACUUACUGACUCCAAAUUUAAAGCGACAAACGUUCUUGAACAAAGUCCUAUAUUUAGGCCACGAAAAAGGGUCUCUUUUCUUAAAUUAAACUGGGUAACAAAAUGAAGGGUUAUGGCAUGGUUUGAUGGCUUCAGUGGCACAGCCCCUACACAAACUACCCUUCAGUGGUUUCCAGCCCUGGGUUUGUAGACCUCUAGCUCUGACGAAGCCACUGUUUGAAUACCUGUGGCCCGUUUAGCGUAUCAAGGUACAUGAUGUAAACACAUUGUGGUGUAAACGUACAAGCGAACUGGCGUGUUUACAACCAACCAAGCAUAUCCAGUUGAAUUUGUCAAGUGCAAAGGCUAAAUAGAUAAUCCUUUAAUUUUUGUUUUAUUUAACAGGAUACAAUAUGGAAUACAGAUGAAUUCCCUCGUCGUUUUCAUCGUGGGGCAUUUGAAGGUUUCUGGUGGGCCUUCGUUACCAUGUCAACAGUUGGGUAAGUGAAUCAAAAUUCAACUGCACCAUCACUAAUAAAAGCAAAUUUAGGCAAUGCACUUCCACACGAAUCCGGUUUCUCUUAAAACUGCAUUAUUGGUAUUUGCACUGAACACCAAUAUUUGUUGUGGUGUAUCCGGUUUGGAUUCACCCAUCCGUAGAAAUACGCCAACCUCGACCCAGGGCGCUUUUCCCUGGCUCUGGAGGUGUGCCCGCCCUACCUCCAAAGCCAGGAAAAAGCGCCCUGGGGACGAGGUUGGGAAUACGCUACUGCGAUUUACAUCAUUUUGCUAAUUACUAGCUACUAGGCAUACGCAAAAACCGAACUCGCGAUGUGAUUUCGCGGCAUUUUUGAGUUUAUUUAGUACUUGACUUCAAAAAUAUCCGGUCCGCAGUCGUCCACACGAAAUCACCAAACGCUUCGGAUGAGAAAAAAAAAAUCCACUCUGGAGAACAGUUUCAAACACAUGCGGUUUCGAUAUGCAGACAGCUGAUUCGUUUAAAAGAAGUACGUGGUUUUAAAAGUAUCCGCAUAUAAAGUGCUUUAUGCAUAAAAGUGACUGGAAAGAAUAAGAAAUCUUCAAUGUCAGCCUAACGCUUAGUGCUUGGAGGUUUCUUGUGCAAAAAUGAUACCCCUUUGCAUUCUUUGCAUGCUACGUGCUUGCCAGUUAACUCAACGAAGUUCGUAUAUAUUUUACGAGCCAUAAUUUGCAUACAGCAAAUUCUAUAUGGUGGUUAGUUGACAACUGGUUAAUUAACUAGCAACAGAGAUCAAUUUAAUAAAACUUUUACACCUGUAAUUUACAACAAAUUACCCCAUUUUUGACCAAAUCUUCCUUUUUGAACCGUUUUCCGGCCAGUUAGCAUGGGAAUAGCUAAAAAAAGAGGUUUGAAACACUAAAGACAUAAUUUUCUGCUAAUUGGAUGUAAGCAGCUUUUUUGUUUUUCGCGCAUGCGCAUAAGCCAAAAUUUGGCGAAUCUAUUUCGAUCUAUUUCCUCUUUGCCUUUAUUUUUAUGGCCAUUUUUGUUGCCCACUUUAUCGUCUUUCUUAAUUUCGCAUGAAAGUUUGGCUGGCUUACUUUCCAAUAAAGGGGCAAGUUUAAUCUGCAAAGAAUUUUGGGUAAAUAGCAAAAUUGGCAGUGGAUUAUUUCCCCAAAUGUUGCUUAAAAUGUAAACGUAAAAUGUGUUCUGUCAGGAUUGGCCAAAAUUUUCUAAAUGAGGCACCAGUACAAAGUUCUAUCCUCGCUAAUUGUGCUCAUUACCAUCGUAUUCACAGCUUAAAUAGAAAGCUUUUUGGAUACAGGAAAGAUAAUAUGCAUCAGUUCAUAUGGAACAAAACGACCAAAGCGGACGUUAAAGAGCCGUCAGUUGAGAAUGAAAAAAUGUAGUAACGAGAAGCGAUUUCUUGCUCAACUUGAGUGUGGUAUUUUUGAAAAACAACUGUCAUUUACUUUUGCUCAAUUCAAAGUGAGGUUUUCAUGGGCUUAGCGCAUUAAUAGUCAUGUUAGGAUGAAAAUGGAUAAUGAUGACGAAUUUUAAUCCUUGAUGUUUCCAGCUGGUUUUUAUUUUUUAUAGUUUUUAUUCGACGUUAUUUCGUUCGGUACCUUCAUAAGGACCUUUGUAGUUUAUCUUACAGUGUAUUUUUCAAGCAUUCUCUGAAAGAAAGGUGCCUUUAAAAGGGUUUUCACACACAUCGUCACACAGUGCUCUCGUUUUCCCCAUUACGUCCCUCUUAUCGGCGCUUCGACGUCCCACUACUACAACUGUACAGACUUUAUCUGAGAGCGGCAUUGAGACCUAUUGAAAAAUAAUCUCUUCUUGUUUUAAGGUACGGAGAUAAAGCUCCUAAGUCAGUUAUUGCUCGAUUAUUCUCUAUCGUGUGGAUCAUGGUUGGACUUACCCUGUGUUCAGUUUUGACAGCUACUUUUACCACAGCACUUGCCACAGCACCUGUCAAAGAUGUAGACCUGGUGGGAAAGAAGGUAUAAUAUUCAUUAUCAAAAAUUACUCGGAUGUUUCCUUCCUUUGCUAUUUUCAUUGAUUACAAUUAUCGUUUGCACAUUUAUGAGCUUAGUAGUCGGUGAAAUGGGCAUUAAAGGUUUGUGGACUCUGUGGGAUGGAGGCUACCUGUAAGAAUAGCAAAGUAGUUUUUAGAACUUUAAAGAACAUAUCGAUAAACGCCAGAAAAAGGGACAGCCUCCGAGGGCCCCUGAAGACGAGGUUGCAUUGUUUUGGUAGAACAGUAGAAAAUGGCGGAAACCUAAAACGAUUAUCGGAUUGCGCUUAAGUGUGAUCUGAAGAAAUGUGAUGCAGAUCUCGGAGGGUGUUAUCCGCUUUGACUGAUAACUCUCUCCUAAAAAUUAUCUGCUAUAUUCCUUCAGAUCACAGUACUCAGCCUCAUGCAAUAAUUACUAAGGGCGCUUUCCAUUUGUCAGAACUGACCGACCAGACCAUUCCCGUCGCAAUGAUAAUUUCCCUUUUAAUCAAAACUCUCCGGCCAGAUCUACGUAGACCUGUCAAAUCAUGAAUAGCAUGCGCGAAGGAGAUGGUUUUUCAGCAAAGACUCUUGGAAAAAGCCUAUUUCAUUUUCAAACUGACCAGUCGGGCAAUGAUUCGGCCCGCCAGUUCUGACAAAUGGAAAGCGCCCUAAGUGAUAUGUUGCGUUCUCUUGAUUGUCCAUACUGCAGAUUGCUGUGUUGAAAGGAAAUCCAGCAUUCCAAGAAGUUAUCAAACAGGGAGCAAGCCCAACACGUAAGAUUAACAUGACUAGCUCUGCUGGUCGUAUACACGUGUUUAAUUAUUAACGAGAGUUCAUUUAUUCCGUUCCCGCUUACGGGAUCAGCACUGAAGGGAAAAGAAUCCCGUGUCUUGCUCUAUUUACUAUAGCUUUUUCACCAUUAAUUUUAUACUUGUGUAGCACAUCACAGCUUUCUUUAGUCUAAACACCGGUUUGAACUUGAAUUUGGAAAUCAUGGUUUUGCAAAUGUUAUGUCGCAUAUUUUUUAAAUUAAAAAAGGUACUCCGUUGAAAUGAUUCGCUUGGUUUUCUUGAACAGAACGUAGCUCAGCCGUAAAGUUCUAGUUCAUAGUUGUAACCGGUUCCUGUGGGUCACGUGCUGGCAACCCAGUUCAUUCUGAUGUAACAUGCGACUAGUUCCCUUGAUGUUAUGUGGGUAUUCUCUCAAAUCCAGCAAAAAAUUUAUGCUUGAGGUUCCAAGCGGCAAGAGCUCUCAAGUAUUGAAACUGCACAUUUAAUCAUGUGCCAUGGGAAGUUGCGCAAUAUACAAGUUUUAAUUAAUUGUAAAUUGUAGUUCCUGCGCGUUGGGGAACUUAAAAUUCAUCUCUCUUAACGAGAUUGUUUGUCAUCAUGCUUCGUUUAUUUUUUCAGCUUUUGACAACUUUGAAGACAUGCAAAAAGCUCUCCUAAAUAAGACUGUGACAGGUAUAAUGGAUGAGGUGUACCAUGGACUUUACUGGAUGCAACAAGCUAGAGAUUCAAGACUGUAUGUGGUUAAGAGGAUUGAGAGAACACGUUCUUAUGGCUUCGCAUUCAAGAAAAACGCAAUUAAAUGGCCGGUUGAGGACUGCAUUCGAAAACUCAUUUUGUAUCGCGGAGAGGAUGUCUACUCUGUUAUGACACAGUUCAAGGAUGAAAUGAAGGUAAUUAGGUUUAAUCAAUGGAAGUAAUUGACUGAGCUUCUUACCCUAACUUCUAACUAUUGCUCAUUGACACCAAAGCAAUAUCCAAUAAAACAACGGGAUAACUACGACAUAUUAUGGGUUGGGGCGUGACCUAGUGGUCAGGGGGUCGGAUCUGCAAUCCGGCGGUUUCGGGUUCGAGUUCCCUACGGUAACUGGCUGGAUUUGUUCAAUCACGGCUGUUCAGUACUCAAAUCCUCUACCACGCUUGUUAAUAUACCUCCUGCUAGUUUGGUUUAACCCUGUAAUGUUCUAUUUGGAAUAUUUGUUUCUAUUAGACAUCAUCCACGAUAUCACCAUAUUUUCGGGCAUGCUUUACAUUUUUACGGUUUACGGUCAGUUGGUUAACUCUUUCAAAACGAGAAAAAAAUUUUACUCAUGCCAAAUGUACAAUUCCAGAAUUGACAAGUUUUACUGAUAUCUCAUUAUAUUGUUUGCUAUGAGGACAUCUGCGGUCGCUAUUGCGUCCAAAAAAGUAACAACGAUCACUUCACCCAUACGUUGCCAUUAUCUCUUUAAGAUAAAAAGUUCUGUUGUCUAGAAUAAAAUAAACGUGACUGCGAUUUCUUGUAUUGGCAGAUUUACCACUUGUUUGUCCCCUGAGAAACCACAUGACAUCGCUUCUAUCCCAUCAGUCCUUUAGCAAAUGCAAGGAUGGCGGGUAUCGUGAAUAAGGUCUAAGUGGUGCACUUGUAAACUUAAGCUGAAAAGCUAAGUGCAGUUCCAAGUCCUUAACUUUGCCUUACGUUUUACGCCCUUCCUUUAUAGCCUUGGACGUCAACAACUGCACGUCAAUACUUCCAAAAAUCUCACUUUCAAAACGAAUCUAAUUGCAAAACCAUUCAAUUUAUUUCAAUGGGGAUAAAAAAUCAUUUUCAUAUCACUGGAUAUGCACUUGUCCUCGCUAAUAAAACAGGCUAAGGGCAACUCGGAAAUGGUCCAAUUACUUCCUCUCUUUAACAACAAGUAAGCUAUUUGCUCAUAUUAUUAAAAUUCUAUUUUAAGGACAAACUCUCCACCGGAAUGGAUGAUGACGGGUUUUUCCUAAUGGACAGGAAUUCUCCUGCUUUUUGCGCCCUUGUUACUUCAUUAAUAAUCUUCUUGGGAGCACUGAUCGCAGCAAUCCACCUCUGUGAACAGCUUUUGCAUCUAUACCAGAGAUUUGUAAAGAAGAAAAAUAGUGAAGGAAUAAAAGGUGGCUAAUAUUUUAUCAUGUCUCUCCUUUUCUAAUGUUUCUUCGAUUUUUUUCUACUUUUAAUUUAAAGCAAAACUCCACUGAGCUCAGUCUAGGCCUCCCCUAACCCCACCCAGCCUCCCCCCCUCCCCGACGCCUUCAAUACCACCACUUAUGUACCUUCUAAGAUACUGAUGCUCAAUAAAACUCGAUUUGCUGCGAGGUCGCCAAAAAAACUUACUCAAGAAACGACAGAAUCGGAAUCGGAAUCGCAAGCGAGGUCGUAAGAGCGCUUAUGACCUUGUGAAAAUCAGUAAUUGGAGUCGUAAGCAGACUCAGUCACAAGCAGGACGGAAUCGGAGUCGAAAGAAUCAGUACGUUUUCAUUUUCUUCCGAUUCCGCUUGCGACACCGUCCUUUACUAUCUAAUGAAAACCAGAUUGUCGGAGUCGGAGGCAGAAGCGGAAGAAUAAACCAGUCACGAGGCUAAUUCCCACCCUUUGUGAUUAGUUUAGUUCUUCCGCUUCUGUUUGCAACUCCGACAGCCUAAUUUUCACUCGAUCGUAAACGACGACGUCGUACGCAUCAGGAAGCUGUUUUCACUAGAUCGUUAACUCCAACGCUUCUGAUUUCGACUCCGACACCGACUCCGUCGCUAGGGAAAACCUGCCUUAAAUGCUCUUUCAGUUAUCAAACAAAAAUGUAAUUUGGCUGAGCUCAUGACUAGAUACGUGUCCUUAUAUGUUAUACCUAAAGGCAUAAAAUAAAAACUUGUGACGUAGAACGGACAAGCAGGACUAAACUGCUAACAAUAUGUAUGAAUUUUGAUUUAUCGCAGAUAAUGUCCAGCCCUCGUUCAGCCACUGCAACGCUCCACCAAAGAUGAGUUGGUGGAAAAUUCAUAAAGAGAAGACAAUACAGAGCCAUGGAAACUUCCAAUCACAUAACGACACUCGAGUUCAAGAUCCUUUGCCCUCCAUCAUUUGA